GGCUGCCGAAUUGUAUAACAAGUCCAUAGAAGAAUCAAUGGAGCUAUAACCUCGGCUAUAACCUCUUAGUUUCUCUUCUUUAGACUAGAGUUAUGGCCAAUCAAACUACAGGAGCAGUAGAAAGCACCCCCGCGGAGCCACCAAACUGGAUGGAACAAACCCAGUACAUUGCUAGGACGAUAUACGAUGAUCCCAGUAUUGGUCCGAUCCCACUUGAUCUCUAUUCUGCUUGUGCCAUUGGUAAGUAUGAGAGCGUUCAAGAGGCCGUGAAUAAGAAAGAAGACUUGAACACACAAAACAAAGGAGGCUGGACCCCUUUGAUGUAUGCUGCUUAUGUCGGUCAUGAUACUGUUGUCAAUCUGUUGCUGGACAGUCAUGCCGAUCCUAAUAAAGGAACCCCGUCUGGCUUGACGCCGCUCAUGGUCGCAUCUGGCUGUGGAAACGAGUCUGUUUGUUAUUUUUUGAUCCAAAACGGAGCAAUGAUUGACCAGCAGGACAAUAAAGGCUGCACUGCAUUGUAUCAUGCAACAAGACAGGGCCACCAGUCAACGGUACAGCUCCUCUUGAAGGAAGGGGCAGACACUGAAAUUGGUGACUAUCAAUCAGGAUACACUCCAUUAAUGAUAGCUGCUAAGGAAGGAGACCAGAUUGUCUUGGAUGUUCUCGUGGCUUGUAGAGCUGAUAUCAAUGCUAAGGCAUAUGAUGGUUAUACUGCACGAUCACUGGCACUGAGACACAAUCAUAUAAAAACUGUUAGCUUUCUCGAUGAGAUACAAAUGCUGUUUUACCCAAGAAGCAACUCUGUGGCCUCAAAUGAAUCUGAUCUGCGGAGUGUUUCUUCAACAGACGAGGAUCCUUAUGCAGGUCUUGAAGAGGUUGAUCCUGAAACACGUAAGGAUAUUAAUCAAAGGCUAGGGAAUCGCUCGGGUCUCCGCUGGAGCCUACCUACUAUGCCACACAGGGCUAGCCUGGCUACCACUUCAAGGCGACUCAAAUUCAGACCAUCAGUCAGUUAUAGUUAUUCAAUGCCUGAAUCCCAGUCUCCCCCAUCAUUGGAUGAGGAGUGUCUUGAGGAGAGUACACAAUCUCACGAGGACAACAUGGCCAAGCUUGAUGAGUUUCUGGAGAUUCUCGGUCUUGAGAGAUACUAUCAAGUAUUUGAGUGCAAUGAGAUUGACUUCUAUGGACUCCUUGAACUGAGCGAGGAAGACUUAAAGAGACUAGUCACUAAAAUGGGUCCAAGACGUAAGCUACAAAUGGCCAUCAAAGAAAUGAAAGAGCAACUCAAAGUGAACGAGAGUGCUGGAAGCAGCAUGGGACGCUCUCAUGACAUCACUCCUACUCCUCAAAGGAGUGCAGAAAAGGACCUGCAGAUUCAAGUCAUGCAACUCAAGUCCACUAACCAACAGUUGAUUCAAAACAUGGACAGCUGUGAGCAGAGACUAGCAAAGGAGCAUGAUCUUAGAAAAAUGGCCGAAAGAUAUUGCCAAGAACUGCAAAAGUGUCGUAUCCAGUCGCUCGAGAGUACCAAGGUUCUCAAAGAGACGCUUGUCUCUGUCCUAAAACACUGUCAGUCACUCAGAUCAACACAGUCCAAGCUGUUGAAUAAUCUCAAAGACAUGAAACUCGAAGGCUCGCAUUCAAAGAUACAAGAUUUCUAUACUUGUUUGCAAGAGCUUGGCGGGGAGAUAGAGGCAGUUUCAAGGUCAACACAAGAAGCAAACAAAGAAUUUAAAUCUGUUCGCUACCAUUUGAGCUCAUCAUUUCAAUCCUAGUAAUAAUGAUAAUGAUAAUAAGCAAUGUUUUUAAUAAUGAAAGUAAUUAUACGAUAGUAUGACACAGCAA